GAUAGCCUUAAAACCCCGUCCUCCGUAGCAGGCACCUGCAGGUGCCGUCCUGCCAUGGCCAUGGCAUCCGCCCUUGCGCUCCUCCUCGCGCCCCGGCCUGUCUCCGCGAGGCCGACCUCGCCUCAUCUCCACUCCCGCCGCCUCGCUCUUCCUCCUCCCCGACCCGCCACCCUCUCCGCCCAAGCUGCCACCCACCUGCGCAAGGCCGGGGCUGGGCGUCUCCAGCAGCUCCAUGCCGCCUCCUGCUGCAACAAUUCCGCUCCGGCCGCAGGAACCAGUGGAGGAAGCGCUACUGGCGCGAAGGAUUGGCGGUUCUUCUUGGCAUGGUAUUUGAUGUCGCUUGAUAAGAAUCCGAUUGCAACUAAGGCGGUCACUUCUGCUGUGCUAACUCUGGCCGGGGACCUCAUCUGCCAGCUUGUGAUUGAUCGAGUUCCAGAGCUUGAUUUAAGGAGAACAUUUGUGUUCACAUUUUUGGGGCUUGCCCUUGUGGGGCCAAUUUUACAUGUCUGGUACCUUUAUUUGAGUAAAUUAGUGACAAUCAGUGGAGCAUCAGGUGCCAUUGCUCGACUUAUACUUGAUCAGUUCAUUUUCUCUCCCAUUUUCAUCGGCAUUUUUAUGAGCUUACUAGUCACCUUGGAGGGAAAGCCUUCUCUUGUAGUGCCAAAGCUUAAGCAGGAGUGGUUAUCAUCAGUGUUGGCAAAUUGGCAAUUAUGGAUACCGUUUCAGUUUCUGAAUUUUUACUUUGUUCCUCAGAAGUUUCAGGUGCUUGCUGCUAAUUUUGUAGCCCUUGCAUGGAAUGUGAUUUUGUCAUUUAAGGCUCACAAGGAGGUUAUUGCGAAAUAGCAGGAUUCGGAACUGGAGUGACAGGAGGCAUUUCUGAAGAUGAUGGUCCUAUGGGUACAGAAGAAGUUUCCCCUGUCCUUUGGACUGCAUUGCAUUCACUUAAAGAAACUUUGGUUGAUGAUGACGAGGUGAAUUUUAUGGAGAUGGAUGCCUUCUUACUUGAUGAUGAGAAGAACUCCCUUGUGAAGAGAAUCACUACUUUAGAGUCAGGAUUAGCAACUGCAAGAGAGUAUCUUGAGAAUAGGUGGUGACUCUGGUAACAGGAAAGAAAUGGAAAGGAGCAGCUGGUGGGAAACGUGGACGGCAAGCCUUGGAAGAGCUUGUUCCCAAUUCUUCACUAGUUGAUUGAUCUCGGUGUCUUUUGUUGAAGCAUGUUGCAAGGGAAGGUUGCGGACUGUUUAUGUGCUAGUUUGGUUCAUUGUUACAUUGGUGGUGCCAAAUUAUAACGUAGUAUAAUUUGACAAAGGCACUCUCAGAAAAGAGAGAAAAACAGAUAAUUUAAGAGAGAUUGUUUGUUGAUGAACUCCAGAAAUAGUAAGUGGAGAACAAUUAAGUACCGCCCACAAAAACUAGUCAGCCCAGAGAAGGAUCAUCAGCCCAAGAUGGACUCGACUCGAACAAUCCUGCGGCCCGAGCCCUCCCGAGCCAAGUCCACUCGAGAUUAGCCAGCCUCGGUGUCUGACCACAUCCUCUCCGCCCUUCCUAAGCGACACCCGGUCGUCCCCGAUCGACGUCGACGACCUCCUCGCCGAGAUCCUCCUCCGCCUCCCCGCGCUGCCGAGCGCUUCUCCGUGCCCGUGCGCUGCGAAGGUGCAGCUGGCUGCGCCAAUGAACGGGCGCGUGCUCCUCACCAGUAGGACUCGCUGCGGCUACGGCCUCCGCCAGGUCCUGGCGUGGAACCCCGUCGCAGGCGAGCACCACCUCCUAGGCACUCCGCACGUCUCGGAUCCUAACUGGGACAGGUACCCUUCCCGUCUGAGCGGGGCGGUAAUCUGUGCCUCCGGCGACAAGGGCCCCUUCAAGGUGGCUUUGGCGUGGAACGGCAGCCGCAGUGCACUUGUCCAGUCUGAAUCUUGGUUUGUUGUUUGCUCUCGUGAUGUCCUGGUUGGGAAUUCGGUUUACUGGAUUCUAUUUAGCAGUCAGCUUCACAUCCUUGAAUUUGAUCUGGGUAUGAAAACCAUCGUGGCCUCUACUUGAGUACGCUAGCAAAGGAUGGUGGGCUUAGUUUAAUCAUCAUGUCAGACAACCUCACAGCUCAAAUGUGGGAGAGGACGGACGACUCUGAUGCUGUUAGUUCUUUGAGUACGGUAAUCCGUAAUGGGUCCAAGGCUAGCAAAAUGUGGCCAAGUUGACUUGUUGAAUGUUCAUACCUUUAGAGGUUAGUUAAAAAGAGCUGUGCAACACUGCAAAGCAUACUUUUGUAAGACCAAACUUCACAUUUGAGUUUGAGAAAGUGAGAAGUGUGAUAGCUUUGACUAAAAGGAAAAAUUAGCAAUAGACAAUCUAUGGGUAUCUCCAACAUUUAAGAUAGUAUCAUUACUGGAUGGUUGCCUGAUUUAAUCCUCGUAAUUUAUUAUUGUUAUGUUCUUUUGGCAUUUCCCCUUGAAACAGCUAGCAAAGUUGAUAGCCGUACUUACGUGUUUGACUGCAUUGCAGAUUUUCCCUUUUAAAAUUGCACCUAAACUCCAUCUGAUUGGCCUUUUCAUUACUUAAACAUGCAUCAUAUAUUGUUUGCAAACAUAUGAUGUAUGGUCUAUUGCUUGGUUAUCAUAAUCAUCUGGAGUCUAAAUUGUACGCUUGAUUAUCACAAUUGAUUUAAUAUGUAUAUGCUUGGAAAAUGUUGAAGUAUAUGUUCUGGUAUAGGCAAUUGUCCACGUUGUCUUGUUCUGUUUUGGUAUUGGCAAUUUUGCAGCAUUUAUCGAUUGCAGAACAUUUGUAGAGAUAGCAGGCAUUUAUUUUGUAGAACUUUGUUUGUUAUUUUUUGAGAAUCUUCGGUAGAAUUUUUGGCAAUAAGCAAUGUAACUAUAUCCUAGGGCUUUUUGUUUAUGAGAUCCUGUACAUUCUGCUAUAAUAACAAUCUGUAACAAGCUGAUGGCCGAACUGAUGUGUUUGACUGCAUUGCAGAUUUUCCCUUUUAGAAUUGCACUUAAACUUCAUGUGAUUGGCCUUUUCGUUACUUAAACAUGCAUCAUAUGUUGUUUGCAAACAUAUGAUGCAUGGUCUACUGCUUGGUUAUCAUAAUCAUCUGGAGCCUAAGGUCUACGCUUGGUUAUCACAAUUGCUUUAAGAUGUAUAUGCCUGGAAAAUGCUGAAGUAUAUGUUCUGGUAUAGGCAAUUGUCUACGUUGUCUUGUUCUAUUUUGGUAUUGGCAAUUUUACAGCAUUUAUCUAUUGCAGAACGUUUGUAGAGAUACUAGCAGGCAUUUAUUUUGCCGAACUUUGUUUGUUAUUUUUUGAGAAUUUUCGUUAGGAUUUUUGGCAAUAAGCAAUGUAACUAUGUCCUACGGCUUUUUGUUUA